AGAGAUAGAGAGAGGGUGAGAGAGAGAGAGACGCCGUGACGUGCAGCUGGUUGUAGGGAAUCCCUGGUAGAAAAGUGAAAUGGAGGAAAAUACAGCAUAAUAACGAUAUUAGUUGUUUAGUAGUCACAGUGUCUGUUUUAUUUUAAGCCGAGUACUCCAUGAGUUAAAGCCGGCGGUGUAAAAGUAGAUAAUUCUGCCUGUGUGGUUCUGAACUAACAGCGACUUUGUCAGUGGGGGAAACUCGCCCCGUCUGUCUGCCUGUCUGUCUAACGGUGAACGUGGAGGAAACGCUGCGAUGCAUCGACUGUGCGGGGGUCUUUUUCUGACUUCUGCGAGCGCGUUUUCUCCGUCAAGGUAACCUAUGUAAUGGAAACAUGGUGGUUAUAUGAUCCAUGAGACUCUACACCAACACAUUCCACUUGGCUGUCCUUUUAUAUAGCCUGCUAUAGAAGCCAAGUCUCUAUGCAGUGAACUUGUGACCGAUCCCACAAUGGAGUUUUUUGGUGACCCAAAUCUUUUUGAGGGCUUGGCCCAGGAUUGUUUCAGCUCUGGGUCCGUGUCUUUGGCAGAUGAGUUGGAUUUUACCUCAGGGUUUGAGGCUUCUCUGAUAAAUCCAGUGGUGGCUGAGAAACACCCUGGAAUGGUUGCAAAUUCAGUGCCCUCUGGCAACCCACCUGGAUUACACUACAGUCAACAGAUGGGCCAGUUUGAUGGAAUGAAGGUCCAGUCCUCAAUGACACAGUCCUUUACUAACAACUCUGGAGGGGAUAAUGGUGUUGGAGGACCUUUCAUGAGCCAACAGUCCCACUUUCAAGAGUCAUCCAUGAAUCAAGCACCUCAGACCAACGGACUAUAUUCCCAUAACAGCCCUAUAUGGGAGGAACAGAGAGUAAAUGCCUACCACCAUCAGCAACUGCAGCAUCAACAGCAUCAACAACUUCAUCUUAAACAGCAACUGCAUCAGCAGCAGCAAUUUCAACAGCAGCUUCAGCCUCGUCAUGGUCAACAACAGCAUCAACAUCGGUACAAUCAACAACAGUCACAUCUCCAACAGAGCCAGCAAAUACUAACUCAGCAUCAACUGUCAUCCCAGCACCAGAUUAACACCCAGACUUUGCACCAGCAUACCAAGAGCUAUCAAGAACAUCCCAACUUUUACUAUCAUGGCAGUGUCCCAUCCCAUCAAGGUCACCAUAGCUCAGUGAACUCACAGGGGAGUCCCUUUCAUCCAGGUGCUGAUCCUGGUUCUCAUUCUCGGCCCAAGCCUUACCACGAUGUACCAGUCAUUCCUGCAACAUCUCGGCAACAAAAUAGGUAUCAGCUAGGUCAAGAGUUACAAGGGUUCUCUGGCGUCUCUGAAGUGGAGGACAAUAACCUGGGGUUCCACGUGCAGUCUUCCCCUGAAGCAUAUGUCUUGUCUUCCUCCUCAGCUAGUCUGCCUUCGUCCUAUCCUUCGUCUCAGUACUCCUUCCCUGGACAAACUCUUCCUUUGGUCAAUGCAUCCCAGCCACUCUCUGCUGCUCCAGUCACCUUAACAACAACCACCACAGCCAUCUCAUCUGGUUCUGAUCUUGGUGGUCAGGAGUCCAGCUGUCCAUUCUUGUCAGGUCAGAGAACUCCGAUCAAGGUACCUGGAAGCCAGCCACAAGAGUGCCCUUUCAGUUCCCUUCAGCCCUCCAAGCCAUCACAGGAUGCCUACGGUUCUGCUCAAAUGUUCUCAGAAGGCCUAGACUCUUUUUCUACCACAAACGGUCGCUUCUCACAACAGGAAGAGGAUGCACACAGUAGUGGUUUUCAAGACCUUGAUGAGACCUUGCUGGAGCACCAGCAUGAAGGGAUUGAGGGGAUUGGUGAGGGACAUGAUCUUCUGGAAGAUGAGUUGUUGCCCCAGCUGGAAGCUUUUGUUCAGGAGGAGACCUCCAGCAGAUCCUGGACCAACACAAGACAAGAUGAGAAACCACAAGAGGAAGCAGAAGAUCAGGCCAUGGCUUUUGAGGAUUCUCUGCUUUUGUGUUAUGAGUCACAGCCUCCUAAGAACACUAAUGGUUCGAGCAGUCAGGUACGGCUGCUCAGCCCGCCGAUGAAGAGUAGCUCAUCCUCAUCCUCUUCUUCGUCGUCGUACUCGUCUCCGUCAGAGAAACGGGUGCAGAAGCGGCAGCAGCAGAUGGAGUCGUCCAGUUUAGAGGACAAGCAGCAGAAGGCCAACCGAAUCAUCUCUGAGGCCAUCGCUAAAGCCCGUGAGCGAGGGGAGAAGAACAUCCCGCGUGUUAUGAGCCCUGAAAGUUUCCCCAGCUCCUCCCAGCAUCAUGGGCACAGGUCAUCGGCCUCCAAAUCCAAAAACAAGGACAAGAGUUCCAGGAAGGCCCGUAUCGUAACUUCCUCCAAAUCCAAACAGAAGACCAAGAUCGGGAAAAUCGUAAUCAAGUUUGGGAAGAAGAAGAAGCGUAAGACUGAAUCUUCUGAUGACCUGUCUGAAGAAGAACCUCCGCCUCGACGAUCAUCCAGAGAUGAUGACUCGAAGCGGCGAUCUAACAGACAGGUAAAAAGGAAGAGAUAUGCGGAGGAACAAGACUCUCGAGUGUCUGACGAAGAGAUGAAGGUCAUUGUUAAAGCCAAGAAGAUCAACUCCAGUGAGCCAGCUGUCCAGUUGUUUGUGGAGAAUCCCAGUGAAGAGGAUGCCGCGGUAGUGGAUAAGAUAAUGGCCUCUCGCAUAGUGAAGAAUGAGGUCUCACCAGGGGUGGUUGUUGAAGUGGAGGAGUUCUUUGUAAAAUACAAGAACUACUCUUAUCUGCAUUGUGAGUGGGCUACAGAGCAGCAGCUGGUGAAGGACAAGAGGAUCCAGCAGAAAAUCAAACGCUUCAAGAUCAAACAGGCCCAGAGAGCACACUUCUUUGCUGAUAUGGAGGAGGAUCCCUUUAAUCCUGACUAUGUGGAAGUGGACAGAGUCCUGGAGGUUUCCUACUGUGAGGACAAGGACACUGGAGAGCCAGUGGUGUAUUACCUGGUGAAGUGGUGUUCAUUGCCAUAUGAGGACAGCACAUGGGAGCUAAAGGAGGAUGUGGAUCAGAGUAAGAUUGAGGAGUUCGAGCAGCUGCAGGCAGCGAGACCAGACUCCAGGAGAAUAGAGCGCCCCCCAGCGAGUCACUGGAAGAAGCUUGAGCAUUCGAGGGAGUAUCGUAAUGAUAACAGUCUCAGGGAUUACCAGCUAGAGGGGGUCAACUGGUUGCUCUUCAACUGGUACAACAGGCGUAACUGUAUCUUGGCCGAUGAGAUGGGUUUGGGAAAAACCAUCCAGUCCAUUACGUUUCUGGAGGAGAUCCACCGCACAGGGAUAAGGGGACCCUUUCUCAUCAUUGCCCCGCUCUCCACCAUCACCAACUGGGAACGAGAGUUUCGUACAUGGACACACCUCAACGUCAUCGUUUACCACGGCAGCGUGCUCAGCCGCCAGAUGCUGCAGCAGUACGAGAUGUACUUCAGGGAUGCUCAGGGUCGUGUUGUGAGAGGGGCAUACCGGUUUCAGGCAGUUAUCACCACGUUUGAGAUGAUUUUGGGAGGCUGUCCGGAACUCAAUGCCAUCGACUGGCGCUGUGUGAUCAUUGACGAAGCUCAUCGCCUGAAAAACAAAAACUGCAAGCUGCUGGAGGGCUUCAAGCUAAUGAGCCUGGAGCAUAAAGUGUUGUUGACUGGCACUCCACUACAGAAUACUGUAGAGGAGUUGUUCAGUCUGCUACAUUUCCUGGAGCCGUCACGCUUCCCCUCUGAAAACACCUUUAUGCAGGAGUUUGGGGACCUGAAGACUGAAGAGCAGGUCCAAAAGCUGCAGGCAAUUCUGAAACCAAUGAUGCUUCGUCGGCUAAAGGAGGACGUUGAGAAGAAACUGGCUCCUAAAGAAGAGACCAUCAUCGAAGUGGAGCUCACCAACAUCCAGAAGAAAUACUAUCGUGCCAUCUUGGAGAAGAACUUCUCCUUCCUGGCCAAGGGAGCCGGUCAAGCUAAUGUCCCCAACUUGGUCAACACCAUGAUGGAGUUGAGGAAAUGUUGUAAUCACCCCUACCUCAUAAAAGGGGCAGAAGAGAAAAUCCUAGAGGACUUCCGGGAGGUGUGCAGCCCCUCGGCCCCAGACUUCCACCUGCAGGCCAUGGUGCAGUCUGCCGGCAAACUGGUCCUCAUCGACAAGCUGCUGCCCAAAAUGAAGGCCGGUGGACACAAAGUCCUUAUUUUCUCCCAGAUGGUGCGGUGCCUCGACAUCCUGGAAGACUACCUCAUCCAGAAACGAUACCUCUAUGAGCGGAUAGACGGGCGAGUGCGUGGGAACCUUCGGCAGGCAGCCAUAGAUCGCUUCAGUAAGCCAGACUCUGAUCGGUUCGUCUUUCUGUUGUGCACGAGAGCCGGUGGACUGGGUAUCAAUCUGACUGCUGCCGACACCUGCAUCAUCUUUGACUCCGACUGGAACCCUCAGAACGACCUGCAGGCCCAGGCUCGCUGCCACAGGAUUGGUCAGAAUAAGGCAGUUAAAGUGUAUCGGCUGAUCACACGUAACUCUUAUGAACGAGAGAUGUUUGACAGAGCCAGCCUCAAACUGGGACUGGAUAAGGCUGUGCUACAGAGCAUGAGUGGACGAGACAACAGCCUAGGGGGUGGAGGGCAGAUCCAGCAGCAGCUCUCUAAGAAAGAGAUUGAGGACCUGUUGAGGCGUGGGGCAUAUGGUGCCCUAAUGGACGAGGAAGAUGAGGGAGCAAAAUUCUGCGAGGAAGAUAUCGACCAGAUCCUCCAACGCAGAACCAAAACCAUCACCAUUGAGUCAGAGGGACGGGGGUCCACCUUUGCCAAGGCCAGUUUCGUAGCUUCAGGGAACCGCACAGACAUCUCUCUGGACGACCCCAACUUCUGGGACAAAUGGGCCAAGAAGGCUGAGAUUGACAUGGACACCGUCAAUGGCAGAAACAGCCUGGUGAUAGACACGCCGAGGGUGCGGAAGCAGACACGGCCGUUCAGUGCCACUAAAGAUGAGCUGGCUGAGCUUUCAGAGGGUGAAAGCAGUGGAGACGACAAGCCAAAACUGCGACGUCCAUAUGACCGCCUCAACAGCUAUGGACGCACUGAGUGCUUCCGUGUGGAGAAAAACCUUUUGGUGUACGGGUGGGGCCGCUGGAGGGACAUCCUGCAGCACGGCCGUUUUAAGAGGCAGCUGAGCGAGAAAGAUGUGGAGUGGAUCUGCAGAGCGCUUCUUGCAUACUGCCUCGUGCAUUACCGAGGAGACGACAAGAUCAAAAGCUUCAUGUGGGACCUGAUUGCCCCGACAGAGGAUGGCAGGACCAAGGAGCUCCAGAACCAUCUGGGGCUGUCCACGCCAGUUCCUCGAGGGAGGAAGGGGAAGAAGAUGAAGACUCAGUCCAGCACAUUUGACAUCCAGAAGGCCGAGUGGAUCAGGAAACACAACCCAGAACACAUGCUAUCUGACGACGGGUACAAGAAACACCUCAAGCACCACUGCAACAAGGUGCUGUUGAGAGUGAGAAUGCUGUACUAUCUGAAACAGGAGGUCAUUGGUGAACAGAGUCAGAGAGUGCUGGAUGGAGCUGAAGCCAGUGAGGUAGAGAUUUGUGUUCCUGAACCGGAUCAUUCUGAGCUGCCUGCUUUAUGGUGGGAUUCUCUUGCAGACAAGUGUCUGUUGCUAGGAGUCUACAAGCAUGGUUAUGAGAAGUACAACACUAUUCGUGCAGAUCCUGCUCUGUGCUUCCUAGAGCGGGUAGGCCGGCCAGACGAGAAGGCCAUCGCUGCUGAACAGAGAGGAAAUGACUUUAUGGAUGGGGACGUUGAUGACCCUGAAUAUAAGCCUGCACCGGCUUUGAUAAAAGACGAUAUGGAGGAUGAUGCUUCCUCUCCGGGUGAUUUGGUUAUAACAGAUACAGGAGGAGAAGGUGGUUCUGUGUUAGAUGGUGGAGGUGGUUCUCUUGGAGCCGGGACAGGAUCGUACUGGCCAUCUCCAUCUGCGUUAACAGCUCGACUGCGGCGCCUCAUUACAGCCUCGCAGCGCUUCACCAAGAGCAGACAGAUCCUGCAGAUUCAUCAAACCCAGCAGACUAUGGGUCCCUCCCUCUGCCCUCUGCCACCAACUCUCACCCACACGCUUAAUCCCAAAAUGGCCGCCAAGAUUGAGAGACAACAAAGGUGGACCAGGAGAGAAGAGGCAGAUUUCUAUCGUGUGGUCUCUACAUUUGGGGUGGUGUUUGACCCAGACUUGGGUUGCUUCGACUGGACCAAGUUCAGGGCAAUGGCUCGUCUGCACAAGAAAACAGAUGAGAGUCUCCAGAAAUACCUCUGUGCUUUCACUGCCAUGUGCAGGAGGGUCUGCCGCCUGCCAGUGAGGGAAGGCGAUGUAGUGGAUCCCUCUCUGUCCAUCCAGCCAAUCACAGAAGAGCGUGCAUCUCGUACAUUGUAUCGCAUAGAGUUGCUCCGACAAGUGCGAGAGCAGGUGCUGCGGCACCCACAGCUUUAUGAGCGCCUGGCACUGUGCCAGCUGGGACCAGACCUGCCAGUGUGGUGGGAGCCGGGAACCCAUGACCGGGACCUGCUGAUCGGAGCAGCGAAGCAUGGGGUGAGCCGUACGGAUUACCACAUACUGCGUGACCCAGAGCUCUGCUUCAUGGCUGCUCAGAGGAACUACAGCCAGAACAAGGGGGUUCCAGCACAAACCCAAGCCCAAAACCAGGCACUGUUGCUUGGGCAGUCCCGCACUCCAACCCCCUUACUGCAGAACCAGGCUCCUGGAGGUCCAGCAUCACCACUGGUAGCAAACUCUGCCCACAGGGAGGAAGAAGUCAUGCCUAAGGUGGAGCCACUUACAGAGGGAGAAGAGGAGAGCAGACAGAAAGAGGCAGGGACGGAGAGAUGGAGUCCUUCUGUUAGGCCUCCUACACCCACUGGAGAGGUGGGGGUGAAAGAAGAGAUGGAAGCGAAAGGAACAGAAAACGAGAGACGGAUGGUGGCAGCCAGAACGAAACCGCUCACACCAAACUCUGCUGCCCGGAAACAGAAGAAGUUGAGCAAGAGAAGCCACAAGGAAUCCAGAAGACGGUCCGGCUCAGACUCUGACUCUGAUGGAUCCUCAUCAAGCUCCUCAUCAAGUUCUUCAUCAAGAUCCUCGUCUUCAUCUUCCUCCUCUUCACGCUCAAGAUCUAGUUCCUCAUCUUCAUCAUCUUCUUGUUCCUCUGGCUCGUCCUCUUCAUCGUCAUCGUCAUCAUCUUCUGAGGAUAGCGACAGUGAAGAAGCUCCAAAGAACACAUCAGCAGUGCCUGGUGUAAAAGGCUUUGAUGAGGACAGCGUAGCAUCUCAUAGCACCACUCAUGACGACAUGCAGGACAGUCACGUGACCAACGGCAUCACUAACCCCUCCCAACCUGUCCAGGGAGGCUACAUGCUUGCUGCUUCCUAUUGGCCGAAGGAUCGUGUCAUGAUAAACCGAUUGGACAGUAUUUGUCAGGCUGUGUUGAAAGGCAAGUGGCCUGGGUCUAGGCGUGCAUAUGAUGGAAAUGCAGUAGCCUCUUUUUACACCACUAAACUGCUGGACAACGCAGCCAACCUCGCUGACGACCCCGCAGCCUCUCCUCAGGGUUCAAAGGUGAAGAAGCAUGAUGCAGACAGAGAAAAGGAGUUCUCAGUCAAAAUCAAUGACCAGGAAGACAGUCUGAAGCUGACCUUCCAGAAGCAAGGAUUGUCUUUAAAGCGGCCCCUGGAUGGGGAGGAGGGACCUCUUGCCCAGCAGCAGUAUCUGGCCAGGCUACAGGAGCUGCAGAGUGCCUCUGAUAGUGGUCUGACUGACUACACCAAGUCGCUUAACAGCUAUCCCCAUGGCGUGGCAGGCAUGCCUGGCGUGGCUGGCGUGGCUGGUAUGGCUGGUCAGAUGCGUCUGAAUGGAGUGGUCGAUGGUCAGCCGGUGGUGAAGAGGAGGAGAGGAAGAAGGAAGAAUGUGGAAGGGAUGGAUCUUCUCUUCAUGAACAAGAACAGACCUCCUGUAAUGCCUGAUAAGGUUCCUCCAGGUUGGAGUGGGGCAGUACCUGCAGGUAUGUCCCCUGGGUCAAGCCUCCCUCAGAGCACUGGGCCGCUUGACACUGAGAGCAGAGUCCCUGUCAUCAACCUCAAAAACGGGACACGUCUGGCUGGAGAUGAUGCUCCGAAGCGGAAGGAUCUAGAUCAGUGGCUGAAGGAACACCCAGGCUUUGUAGCAGAUGUUGGAGCAUUCAUUCCUCAGACCAUGAAUAAGACGCAGUUUCAGGAUGGGCGGCCAAAGCAGAAAAGGCAUCGCUGCAGAAACCCCAACAAGAUUGACGUUAACAGCCUGACAGGAGAGGAAAGAGUUCAAAUCAUCAACAGGAGAAAUGCUCGCAAGAUUGGUGGUGCGUUUGCCCCUCCUCUAAAGGACCUGUGCCGGUUUCUUCAGGAGAACCCAGAGUAUGGCGUUCCACCAGAGUGGGCUGAUGUGGUCAAACAAUCGGGCUACCUUCCAGAGAGCAUGUUUGACCGUAUCCUGACUGGCCCCAUCGUCCCGGAGGAGGUGAGCAGGCGAGGUCGUCGGCCCAAGAAUGCUCUGGCCAAAGCUGCAGCCGCGGCUAAUGCAGGAGCUAACUCAGCAGCUCUGGGACUCAACCCCCUUCUUGCCAACGGCCUCCUCGCUGGUCUUGACCUGACCAGCCUACAGGCCCUCCAGAGCAUCCAGUCCCUCCAUCUCACAGCUGGACUCAUUGGCCUGCAACCUGAUGCCGCAAACAUGGCAGCCAUGUUACCCAUGAUGCUGUCUGGCAUGGCUGGGCUCCCCAAUCUGCUCGGGAUGAGCGGUCUACUGGGAAAACAGGAUGCAAGCGCCAUGGCGACAGGUAGUGAGGACACAGGGAAGAACAGUGGAGAAUCGACGGCUCAAACCUCAAGUGUGGACAGCAAAGUGGAGAGGACAGAGAGCCAAAGCUCCACAGCUAGCAGCUCAACAGCCACCAACUCUACCCAGCUAAGUGCUUCUGCCUCAGGCCACCCAUUGGCCCUCAACCCCCUACUGCUCUCCAGCAUGCUUUACCCAGGGAUGCUUCUCAACCCAGGCCUUAAUUUGCCUGUGGCCAAUCAGCCGCAAGCUACUAACACUCAGCCCGCCCCUCAGGCUCAGCCCACCCUCUCCGAGGCCGUGCAGCAACACCACGGCCAAUCAGAGGAAAAGGAUGGGGACGAAGGGGAGGAGCUAGAGGAUCAGAAGGACAACAGUGGUCCAGAGGGCUCCGGGAAGGCAGAGUCAUCUUCCUCAGAGUCUGAAAGCUCAUCGUCAUCAUCAUCUGAGGAUUCUGAUUCCAGUGAUGAAGACUGAGCCUUUAUACAUAUAUAAAUACAUAUUAUAUAUUUAUAUACAUCUCUUAGAAAUGUAUACAUACAAACACAUAUAAGAGCACUUACUUACAUCAUGAUUUUGUUUGUUUUUUUGUUUUUUUUUCAUGUAAAUAUAAGAACUAAAGUGUUGUGUAAUAAAGAUAAACAAAAAAUGGAAAAAGAGACAAGAUUCUACAGAUGCUGAAAUAAGAUUUCAGUGUUUGUUUAGGUACAAUGUUGUUUUGAAAAGACAUUUUGCAUGUCCAAAAAAACUUUAGUAGAUUAAUGAACUUUGUGAACCUUGUAUUGCACAAUGAUGUACAAUUGCAACAGAGAAGAAAUCAAAAAUUGGCAUUACUGUAUUAUGUUGGGAUUUAAUUUUAUUAAAAAUGAGGACAUUAUUGCUCAUGGGGAGCUGUAUAAUUAAUAUAUUUUGCGUGGGAGAAACAGAACUCGACUAUUUUGGUUUCUUUUGUAAAUAAUUUUGCAGGAUCGUACACAUCUGGAUUUCACAGACAAUACAGUAAACCUAGAUACUUCAGCAAUAACACAGGCAGCUAACGAAUGUCACUGAAGCUGUAGAUACCGCUGUCACCACACUUCCCUCUACAUUCUUCCUCACUGAGUCUUUGU